UGCGUCGCGGGCAAAUUUAUCCAUCGAGAAUGGAACGAUCCGCCGCGCCGGUGGUUUAUUUAAAUUUUGUGUUUCCUGCUGCCGAUCGGUCUCUUCACAACUGCGCAAGUUACACGGGUGUUCUAUAUUUGUAUUUUUGCGGAAGCUACGUUUUACGACAUAAGUUUGCACGAGAUAAAUGAAUAAACAUGUAGUAUCAAAGACGUCAUGUUCUCUGACAGUAAAUUCUAUCUUAGAACAGUACAUUCCCGUAAUUUUAUUGGCAUCUUGGAAAAUAUUAUGUCGGUUAAUUUUAUUUAAAUCUAUAUUGUCCUGCUGGAAAGUUAGACAUUUCUCUUUGAGAUCACGACGCCAUAACGUUUUACUUAACUGCUGUUUUGCCGCGAUUACAUCGGUAGACUUUGAAGAGCUCGAUUGCUCCGUGUUACGACGUCGGGCGACAGCGAGAUUUCACUUUCUUGCAAUGUCAAGAAAAACGGUGCCUGAUACGAAUGGCCGGGUACAGUAAUUAAGGCUGACAGAAAUAGGCAAACAUGAAAAAUGGAGAGAGAAGGGCCGAAAAACAUGAACCUCCGCAAUUUAUAUCGGCUCUAUCGGUCCACUGAGUUUUUCAUUUGGACAUGGUUCAUCAGUUCCAUGCGUAAUGUACACCAUUGUUCUCGAACGAAUUUCAUUGCCUGAACAAACACGAACUAAUCGUGAGAAUAAAUCGAUCACGCGUAAUAAGAGAAAAAAUGUGGCAAGUUCUUCUCCUUAAUUUGUUGUUGCAUAAUUUACAGUAUAAUAUAAUAGCACAAGAACAUUUAUUUAACAUUUUGAAAGCGACAAUGCUUUAUGCAAUAUUGUCGUUUAAUUUGCUGACAAGCUGAAAGAGCUUGUUUGCAAUGUAAAAUGCCAACUUACAAUGUUAAUAUAUGAAGAUAUAUUGGAACAGAUAUAGUCUAUUAACGUCAAUUUCUUAAAUAACUUAUCUAAGACAUUCAUAUCAUCUAUUUGACUUAUGAUCUCGCAUUCUAUUAUAUAUUAUGAUAUAGAUAUUUCAAUAAUAUCAAUUUCGCGAUUUCGUAAUGUUAUUUAGUUCAAAUGAUAUUUAUGCUCGCAGUUAUUAUUCGUGUGCUUUCAAACUCGUGUGCUACGAUUGAGAACUUACAUGGACUCGAUAAAAAGAUUUUCGCGCGAGUUUCGAGUAAAAAGAGUUUCUCGUUAUUUCUCUCGUUAUCGAUAAGACAAAAGAUGGCAAAGAAUAUAAGAUACACUGUCGCCAUGAUAGUUUGCAUCGUGUGUUGUUUGUGCAUCAUCACGACGAAAUCAGCGAAUAUAUUGGCAAUCCUUCCGACACCUUCCUACAGUCAUCAGAUACCUUAUCAAAUAUUAUGGACCACUCUGAGCCAACGAGGACACAAAGUUGUCGUUAUAACGACGGAUCCGAUUAAUGAUCCCAGUUUAAAAAAUUUAACGGAAGUCAACCUUCAAUCCAGUUAUUAUUUAAUGAGGAACCUCAAGUUAAUUGGAGAUGAUGGCGCCAUACCGUGGUUUAAUAUCUUACGCGGACAGAUCUGGCAGGUCUCGCAAGAUUUAGCGUCAAUGAUUUAUGAACAUCCGGAAGUGCAAAAAUUAUACGUGCCAGACAGUGACGAAAAGUUUGAUGUAGUAAUAAUAGAAACUUUUACUUUGCCUAGCCUUUAUCCUUUGGCGUAUAGAUUUAACGCACCUCUUAUAGGUUUAUUGUCUUUAGGAAUAGCAUCUAGUCAAUAUUAUAUAUACGGCGCGCCGGUUUUGCCGUCGCAUCCAUCGUCUUGGGAAAUGGAAAAGGAUGUCACUUUAAAUCUGUCCUUCUGGCAGAGACUCAAGAACUUCAUCCGACAGUGGUACCAUAUUUAUUGUGUGUUUAAUCACUUCUACCCGCAACAUCAAGCGUUAGCGGAAAAGUAUCUUGGGAAGUAUCUUGGGAAGGAUAUACCGCAUAUAUAUGACAUAGAGAGGAAUAUGAGUGUCAUUUUUCACAAUCAGGAGGAAGUCAUCACUUAUGCUAGACCAAAAACGACUAAUAUUAUACCAUUCACCGGUCUUCACAUUUCAAAAAAACCUGCACGUUUACCAAAAAAUUUGGAAAGAUUUUUGAUGAAUGCGCCGGACGGAUUUAUUUACUUGAGUCUAGGUACAAACGUCAGAUUGUCGGUAGCCGAACAUAUGAUAGACAUAUUUCGCAAUGUACUUGCAAAUUUGCCGUGCAAAGUCUUGUGGAAAAUAGAUAUGCAAUUAUCGAAUAAGCCUGAUAACAUUUACAUCUCUAACUGGUUUCCUCAGCAAAGCAUUCUUGCUCAUCCAAAACUCAGACUGUUCGUGUAUCAAGGUGGCCUUCAAAGCACCGAAGAAGCAGUUUAUUAUGCAAUACCUCUCUUGGGAAUACCCAUGUUUGCCGAUCAGUUCGUCCAAGUUAACAAAAUGGUAUCUCUCGGCGUUGCAAGGCAACUAGACUAUUUAAAUAUAUCGGAAAAGAGUUUAAACGCCUCUAUAAUGGAUAUGUUAAAUGAUAAUAGAUAUAAAGAAAGAAUGCUCAAGAUAAAAGCACUGAUUCGCGAUAAACCCUACGAUCAAUUAAACAAUACAAUUUGGUGGAUCGAGUUUGUGAUUCGUCACAAGGGUGCUCCUCAUCUUCAAAGUAGCAUUGCUCAUUAUCCUUGGUAUCAGAGAUAUGAUAUGGACAUAAUAGCAUUUUUGUCAAUUGUAAUAUUUGUAGCGUUGCUUUGCGGGUUAAUAGUUGUAUAUAAUGUGGUAAAAAUUAUAUUUAAUUGUUAUGCAAAAACAAAAAAAGAAAAAAUUAAUUAACAUUUAUUAAAAAUAAAGCAA